CGGGAGCCACGUCUUCCCUGGCAGAGCGCUGCGCCGGCGACCUAGGGGUUUCUGGGGCUUCCGGGGCUUCUGGGAAGAUGGCGGACCUAGUGGCCCGUCGAUGAGGCGGUCGCGGGUGGAGCCUGGCUCCCGGGCCCGGAGACCAGCUGAGGGAGCGACCCAUGCGGGGCCUGGGGAGUCAUGGUCACCAUCACUCAGCUCCCUGCUUCGAGUCCUGCUCUCUGUCCAGGCCUCUCCUGCUUGGUUGUCUGGCCUGCUGCUGAUCCCACCAGUACAGCCCUGCUGUUUGGGGCCCAGCAAAUGGGGGAAGUAGCCUCUUGGAGGAGAGCCCCAUGCAGGCCCUGUGCAAGGACUGCAGUGGCUUCUGGAACAGGCGAAAAGUCCUGGGGAGCUGCUGCGCUGGCUGGGUCAGAACCCCACCAAGGUACGCGCCCACCACUACCUUGUGACACUUCGUCGGCUGAGCAAGCUCUUGGGGUCUCAGCCUUGGCCCCCUCCUGUGGAAUAGACCACACUGCAGGACUUGAGUCGACUCAUCAUCCAAAACUGCCCCCCCUUUGAUGUUCACACCAUCCAAGUGUGUCUGCACCUUGCAGUUUUACUUGGCUUUCCACCAGAUGGGCCCCUGGUCUAUGCACUGGAACAGGAGUAAAGGUUCUGCCUCCCUCCGAAGCCACCUCUACCUCUACAGCCUGCCCUCCGAGAGCCAAGGCCUGAGGAACUCACACCACAUAUGAUGGUGCUCUUGGCCCAGCACCGGUUGCAGGAGCCCCAGCUUCUAGAAGCCAUUGCCUGCUUCCUGGUGGUUCAGGAAAAUCAGCUCAACAGCAAGGUAGUACAGAAGCUGGUCUUGCCCUUUGGGUGGCUGAACUACCUGCCCCUGGAGAAACAGUUUAUGCCUUGCCUUGAGCAGGUCCUGGCAUGGGAAGCUGGGGUGACACCCCUAGCCAUAGUCAACAUCUUGAUGUCACUGUGCCAGCUUCGGUGCUUGCCCUUCAGAGCCUUGCACUUUGUCUUCUCCCUGGGUUUCAUUAAUUACAUCAGUGGUAGGCAACGUCUGGCUGGCUGGAGGGGGCCUAGGAGCCAAGGAUGGGGUGUCCAGAGGUUGGUGGCCCAGUGUGUCCUCAGUUCCUGCUUACCCACAGGCACCCCUCAUGCUCCAAUUGUGCGACACUACCUCUCCCUCCUUGACACAGCUGUGGAGCUGGAGCUCCCAGGAUACCAGGGCCCCCGCCUUCCCUGGGGACAGUGGGUGCCUAUCUUCCCAUAACCUCUCAUCACUGACUGAGCCUGCUGCAAAUACAGCCACAAGGACAUAGUUGCUGAGGGGCUGCGGCAUCUGCUGGGGGAGAAAUAUCACCAGGACCUGACUGUGCCUCCAGGCUACUGCACAGACUUCCUGCUUUGUGUGAGUAGCUCUGGUGCCGUGCUCCCUGUGAGGACUUAGGAUCCCUUUCUACCUUACCUGCCGCAGUCCUGCCCACAGGGCCAAGCUGCCUCUAACCCCAUAACCCAAAACCCUGCCCAAAGGGUGGUGCUGAUGCUAUGUGAAUGCUGGCAUUUCUGCUGAGAUGGCAGGGUGCUGCUUGGCUUCCGGGGUCUGAGGGAGAGGCAUCUGGGCCUCAUGUGCUACCAACUUCUGCUAUCCUUCGAGGAACUGGAGUCACAGAGGGGUGUGCCCCAGCUGAGUUACUUGAGGCAGAAGUUGCAGGCCUUGGGCCUCCACUGGGGGCCUGAAGGAGGGUGAGGGGUGUACUGGGGGGCUCAAGACAGACCCCCUGUGGGGGGUUGACUAUUUACACUUUGACUCCUUAUGUUUUGGUUUUUCAUUAAAGUCCUUUUCU